AUGCAGAAUGCUGAUGGCGGCUGGGCAGCGUUCGACCAUGAAAAUAAACGGCUGUUUCUGAACAAGAUCCCGUUUAGCGAUAUGGAAAGUCUUUGUGACCCGGGCACGCCGGAUGUGACGGGGCGGACGAUUGAGUGUUUGGGUAUGCUGCGCGAUUUGCUGAUGCGUCCGGCCGAGAAUGCCGAAAAGGGGGAGAAAUAUGGAUAUCCCGAUAGAGAGGGGGAUGCGGCAGCCGACGCACACCUCCAAAUCAUCAACACCGCCUGCGCCCGCGCAAUCCCCUACCUCAUCCGCACCCAGGAAGCAACAGGCGCCUGGUACGGCCGGUGGGCGGUCAACUAUGUCUAUGGUACAUGUCUCGUUCUGUGCGGACUGCAGUAUUUCAAGCACGACCCGAAGUUCGCGCCAGAAAUCCAAGCCAUGGCGGCUCGUGCAGUUAAGUGGCUAAAGCAAGUCCAAAACUCCGACGGCGGAUGGGGUGAGUCCCUCCUCUCGUACCGCGAGCCCUGGCGGGCCGGGUGUGGGCCUUCCACGCCCUCGCAGACAGCAUGGGCGCUUAUGGGUAUUUUGACAGUCUGUGGGGGCGAGGAUCGGUCUGUGUAG